AUGGAAGCUAUUCAUUCAUUAGUUAAUACUAUGAAAAACAGAAACGAACAAUCAAAUCCUUUUGAACUUAUGAUGGACGCCAAACGCAAAGAAGUACAAUCAAGACGAUACGUUCCAGGAAAAGCAUCGGAUUUCUAUUUCCUUUGUCGUAAUGGUGAAAUCGAUCGUAUACGUCAAAUCCUCGAUGCUGCUGAUUCUCUAUCGAUUGACGCAUUGAAUGCACUUGAACCGAAUGGCAGUACACCACUUCAUGCAGCAGUAUUCUACAAUCAAAUAGAGAUCGUGAAAAUGUUACUUGAACGGAACUGUAGUCGAAAUACACUGAAUCGUUUUGGCAAUACUGCAUAUGAUGAAGCCAAAACAUCUGAAAUGCAAGAAUUAUUUCAUAGACCAGAUUCAUCGAAUCGCUUUCAUGACGAAAAUACAGCCCAUUCUGUAGAAAUAUAUGUUACAUCGGAGCAUAAUGAUAGUACGAACGCAAACUUCAAGUUCGACUAUGUACAUGAAUUCCAAUCGGAUGAUGAAAUUUCGGAACAUGCAGUUAAUCAAGAAGCAUUAGCGAUGUGGCUAAAAUUUUACAAUUGGUUUACCCAAAAGUUUCGUAAAUUUUUGGAACGUGAUGAUUAUCAUAUUGAUGCAUUUGAUUUAGAUAAACAUGCUGAUUUUAAACAAUUUCUUGAACAUAAUGUGUCCAAUAGCAGUGAUUACCAAUUGACAAUGGAAUUGAUAAAUAAAGCACGACAUUCUAAUUCAAUCGAACCGCUUAUCACAUUGUACACAAGUAACAAACCUAAUCUGUAUGAUCCUCUCAAUAAACAUAUGGUAACUUCAUUAACGGAUGCUCAUAUCGGUCCGCACUUGUGCGACCGAUUCGUUAUGGAAUUUUUUAUGCGUCGUAACGAAUUGAAACAACGUGCAUUCACUGGCAUUACUUAUCGAGGUAUUACUCUAUCAACUGUCGAAUUUAACAUUUAUAAACGUGCAGCACAAAGUGAAUCAAAAAGUGUGCUUAGCUUUAAGUCUUUCACAUCUACGUCAAAAGAUCCAUUGAUUGCUCUACGAUUCGCAACUAAAAAUCCACCAAAAGAAAAUGAAAAAAGGGUUCUAUUUACUUUUGAAGUACGUGAAGCAACGUCGACAAUUUUUGCCAUCGAAGAUAUUUCCUGCUUUCCUCACGAACGUGAAGUACUUAUUCUACCAGGAAGUUUAUUCAUUAUCGAUAGUGUUCAAGAAAACUUUAACAUGGAUAUAACAACAAUUCGUCUGAUACAUUGGAAAGUACCAAUUUCAUUUUUUAAAAAAAUCAAUCAAACAUUUCGAUGCGCUAGAAAAAGCUUUUUAUCAUGA